AUGGCGACAAAGUCUUAUUCGGCGGUCCUCUCGCCCGUGGACCAAUACAUGCCCAGGAUGAGCACCCCCAUGGUCCUAGUCUUCGAGACGCCCGACCCCGAGCGCGCGAUCAAUAACCUCACGAUCGGCCUGAGGCGGAUGAACCGACACCUGUCAUAUCUCCGGGGUCGAGUGUUUGAGAUUGCCCAUGGCAGACUGGAGCUGCGAUGGACCGUCUACGACGAGCCCGUCCUGCCGAAACUCAUGCCAGCCGAGCUGGUUACCAGGUUUUCUGCCGUGACCUUCCAACAACUCAAAGACCAACGAGCGCCGCCUCACUAUUUUCCCGCGUCGAUAUCGCCAGCCCCGGUAUUUGGAGAUCUCAAAACGGCGGGCAUGCCUGCCUUCGCGGUUAACUACGCUCCCUUGGCUGCGGGAGGCUUGGUGGUGUGUUGUUCCUUUCACAAGAACGUGGUGGAUUGCACUGGUGCAGUCCAGAUACUUCGCCUUUGGGCGGCCUUCACCUCCUCGCCGCUCCUUGACAAGACGAGAGCCGCUCCGGACCCAGAUGAGCCGUUUCGCCGGGGCUUGAUUUUGCGUUUAGCCAUGCACCGCCCCGUCCCAAACGACGAAAAGGCCAUAUCGACCGAAGAGAUUCUAGCUCGCCAUCCAGAGAUCGCCCUUGCGCCAUCUCUGGCGCCAGAAGAGCACCCUUUCGCCAAAGAGGUGCCAGUUGCUGGCAUCAGCACUAUUUUCACUCUCGAUGUGGAGAAACUGGAGAAGACUAGGGUGGCGCUACGACCUACGAAUGGCGUGGCGGCGCAGGCAUCGGUUGAUACCGUUGUCUUCGCCAUCCUCUGGUCCUGUAUCACCCGGGUCCGGGCCACGCGGGGCCGAGCCGAGGGCGGUAAGACAGCCGCAGCAGAUUCAACAACAGCUGCUGAACCGAAACUCAGCAUUUCAGUGGACAUGCGUGCCCAUCUCGACUCAACGUGCUUCCCUCCCUGGGGGCCUCGGCCCUUCUUGGGAAACGUCACCAAGUACAACUUGACCCAGGUUCCGUUAGCAAAACUGGAGUCAGCCGCUGCCGGACAUGCCAAUGGGGAACUCAGUGCCCUCGAUGAAACCGUUGCCGCUAUUACUAGCAGCCUCGCCGCUGAGAACCGCGAAAGCAUCGUUGACAUUGCCAGGCUCGUGGAGCAAGCGCCGAACGCGAGUGUCUUACGGCCUGGGAAGUCCUUCGGCGGCCUAGAUUUGUCGGUCUCGAGCUGGGCCAACAUGGGUGACCCAAUUUAUACCUGGGAUUGGGUCGGUGUCGGCAAGGUUGAGUUUGUGAGAUUGGUGGACAACGAAUGGGAUGGGGUCUUGACCGUGAUGCCGAGGAAAUGGGAGAAGGCCGAGACUGGAGCGGAGCCGGGUGUGAUUGAGGUUUGUGUUUCAUUGCGUAAGGAUGAUAUGGAGACCCUAAGGAAGGACGAAGCCUUGAGUAGUUAUUUUGUUGAAGGAUUAGGGACGGCUUGA